AUGGCCACAUUGGCGAACGGCCUCCGACACCUGAGGUGCCCGAGACAGCUCGCAAAUGCUCAAUGGCACCAGCAAACCUUGAAACGGGCGACUCCGUUGUGCAUCCGGGCCGUAAACACGGCAGCUCGAAACGACGACGACAGUUCAAAGGCUCUUGUUGAGUCCCUUCAAAUCCCUUUUCAGGGGAUUACCCAUGCGAGAACUAUUCCCGCCACUCCUUCGUAUUUCUCCAGAGAACCGCAGUUCAACGAUCUCUACAUUCGGAUAUCAACCCUAUUGACCCGAUAUCACCACCUCCCAACCGUCUCAACCGGUGACGCUCCACACGUCCCAUGGACAAAACUCGAGGAAAUGCGAUCCCAAAUGGGCGAGCCCAUCAAGGCAUCACAUUACCAAAAAGUCCUCCGUGUGGCCAAACGACUCAAUCUCAUCGAACCAAGCCUACAGCCCGCCGAGGUCAAGAUUGCUCUUCAGGAAUUUGCGCGCGACGUCAAUCCGUUUCUCAACAUGCCCAGCCCGAUUUCCAUUGACAAAUUCGGCCGUGCCAUCGCAGUAGGCAAGCGAAAGGCGUCAACCGCACGCGCAUUUGUCGUCGAAGGAACCGGAGAGGUCUUGGUCAACGGCAAGCCGCUCAACGAAGCUUUCGGUCGUGUCCACGACCGUGAGAGCGCCGUCUGGGCCCUCACCGCGACGGACAGACUGGACAAAUACAAUGUGUGGGUUCUUGUGGAAGGCGGCGGUACUACCGGGCAAGCAGAAGCUAUCACACUUGCCGUGGCGAAGGCACUAGUGGCCCAUGAGCCGGCACUGAAGACCGCUCUAAGAAAAGCGGGUUGCAUCACUAGGGAUCCAAGAACAGUUGAGAGGAAGAAGCACGGCCAUGUCAAGGCCCGUAAGAUGCCCGCUUGGGUCAAGCGAUAG